UGUGUGUGUGUUUCUGAGUGACAGAGAAUCCUGAAUUGUGCUCCUUAUGUCCUUUUAUACACAUGCGAGCACGCGGACACGAUGUGGGUGGAACCUGAGGGAUGGUCUUGCACAUACAUAAUUGACAGCACAUUAUCACACUAAGUCAGAAGCAGGUUUUGGACAACAGACAAGACGGAACCGGCGGUUCGGGCGCUGCACACACCGGGAAAGAGCAACACGGAACCGGACUGGAGCGCAAGGAGGAGCCGGGGAAGCCGAAGCAGGGUGAUGUGAAGAUCCAUACCUUUGUCUUUUUUCGUGUGAGUGGAGAAGGGCUUGUAAGUGCAUGCAGCCAUGGGGAAAGACUACUACAAGAUCCUGGGCAUCCCCAAGGGCUCCAGUGAGGAAGACAUCAAGAAGGCCUAUCGACGCAUGGCCCUGCGCUUCCACCCUGACAAGAACACCGAGGCCAAUGCCGAGGAAAAGUUCAAAGAGAUUGCUGAGGCCUACGAGGUGCUCAGCCACCCCAAGAAGAGGCUUGUCUAUGACCAGCUCGGGGAGGAAGGUUUCAAGACAGGAAGCAGCAGCUCGUCCGGUGCCCCCGGUACCUCAACGCACCACUACACUUUCCAUGGAGACCCCCACGCCACCUUCGCUUCCUUCUUUGGUGGCUCCAAUCCCUUUGAUAUGUUUUUCAGCGCGAACCGCAGCCACGGCCGCGCCAACGGUUUCUCCUUCCACAACGACCACGGCAACGAUGCCGAGCAGGACGUGGACAUGGAGGAAGAUGACCACUCCGCUCACUUCGGGAGGCAAUUCGGCUUUGGCGGAGGGAUGAAAAACGGCUUCCCAGGAGAGGGCCGGAGACGGAGGGGCGGGCUUUCAGAGUGCCCGGGGGGAGCUCGAAAGCAACAGGACCCGCCGGUGGUCCACGAGCUGAAGGUCUCACUGGAGGAAAUCUUCCACGGCUGCACCAAGCGCAUGAAGAUUACACGCCGCAGGCUGAACCCAGAUGGGAGGAGCUUGAGGACAGAGGACAAGAUUCUUAACAUUGUGAUCAAGAAAGGCUGGAAGGAGGGCACCAAGAUCACCUUCCCCAAGGAAGGCGACCAGACCCCUGAGAAUAUUCCUGCUGACAUCGUCUUUGUUCUCAAAGACAAGGGCCACGCCCACUUCAAGAGAGACGGUUCCAAUAUCAUUUUUAACUGCAAGAUCAGCCUGAAAGAGGCGUUGUGCGGCUGCACCGUGAGCAUCCCCACGCUGGAAAAGCGGCUCAUCUCCCUGCCCUGUCAUGACAUCAUCAAACCCGGGACGGUGAAGCGACUCCGAGGGGAAGGCCUGCCUUUCCCCAAGAACCCUUCACAAUGCGGUGACCUCAUCGUGGAGUUCUCGGUGCGUUUUCCCGACAGGAUCCCGCCACAGUCCAAAGAGAUCAUCAGACUACACCUCCCUCCGUCGUAGGAAAGAAACGCACGCAAAAGAUGGAUCUGGAGCCUCUCCGUUAUGAACCCUCCCGUGAUCCUUGUUACUCCACGCAGCAUAUUGUCAGGUACUCGUCUGGAUUCACAGGCGGGAGGUGAUGGAAUGACACGCUCACCGGACACUUUAUUAGGCACACUUGCACAAUCGAACCGGAUCCGGUACAAGAGCUGCAAUCAAACAUUCUGCCUUGACCGAGGUUUGACUGACACUGUCAGAAACACAGUGUGUGUUGUUGUUCUUGUGGUUUCGAGUGGCUUUGAAUUACACUACAUUACACCGAGAGGUAUUUCGAACUAUUUGCUUACUUGGCUGAGCAACAGCAGCAGGAAAAUACGACUUGACCGUACUUCCUCAAAUAAACGCCGCGCCUCAAGUUUAUUGGUGGCUACAUGUCACGCCACUGACGUCGGGGCCAAAUUAACCGUGUUGUCAGUAAAUUUGGAUUCAUUCAUUCCAACCCAACAUGAUACUUGUUAAAUAUUAGCGUCGUGCAGGGGUGUCCAAACUGUGGCACGGGGGGUCAAUUGCAGCCCGCCGUCCCUUUUUAGCGGCCCGUGACAUGACCCCAAAAAUAAAAAUGACUUUGACACGGGUCCAAGGUUAGUUAAAAAAGGUGGGCAGAGUGAGAAGGGACGGUGUCAGAAAAAUAGGUGCCAUGACUAGUAAUAAAUUUGUUUGUGUACUGUCGAACUCUUUUCGAUAUUUGAAGAUAUAAAUAAACCAUGUAUGAUAAAAAAGAAUAACACAAUUUAUCUUCAAAACACUGGAGUGAAGAAAGAUCAUUCAACUUUGGAGGCAAAAAUAGUUUCUUCCACUUGGUGCUCUAUAGCUGAUUUAUGAAGUCAUCACAUUCAUGAUCUUGAAGAAACUGUUUGGAAAAAUACAGCGUAGUCACUUUAUUACAGUUUGUUAUUUUAUUUCGAGGGUGGGGGGGCUCUGAAUGUGGAGAUGGGAUUUAGCUGCUGUUGGGUGCAGAGCUGGAUCUACUCUUUGAGAUAGACGACUGUUGCCCACCCCUAAAAAUCCUCAACUGUUUGACAUCUUUCUUGAUUGACUUUAGCACGUUACAAAAAGUU